GCGCUUUUGUGUUUCCAAGUUUUGGUUUUGAGGCAGAGAGAGAUAAAGAGUUUAACAGGCAAAAAGGAAAUUAAAAAAAAAAAAAAGGAAAAAAGGAGAGCAAAAAUGGAUUCUUUCUCAACAGGUUCAAGUGGAACAGGAUCUCCCCAAAUUUCAACAGAAGAAUUCAUGGACCAGAUGAAGCUUCAACUUGCCCAGGCUUAUGCCCAGGAGUUCCUCGAGACUGUGAGGGAGAAGUGCUUUGACAAGUGUAUCACAAAACCUGGGUCAAGUCUAAGUGGAAGCGAGAGUAGUUGCAUUUCUAGAUGUGUGGAUCGUUACAUUGAGGCCACUGGUAUUAUUAGCAAAGCUCUUUUCAAUGCCCCACGCUGAAUUUGGAACCGGAGCAUUAUUGUUGAAGAUAAUGUAAGCUGCCAAAGUUUGUACAAAUCUUAAAUUCGAGGAUGAGUGAAAUUUGUGAUUGGUUUUGCUCGUCUUAUUUCUGAAAUUUGUCCUGGGGAGAUCAUACUCUGCAUAUUGUUUUUGAAUUUGUACUCGUUACCAGACAUCCGAAUAUCAAAACUCUGGGAAUUUACCUGCGAACUGCUCUUGCUUUUAUUA